AUGUUCUCCAAGUUCUGGACCGCUUUGGCACUCGUUGCUAUCAAUCUCCACCUUGUUGCCGCAAAGUCUGUUGUUGCGCAUUUCAUGCUGGACAACUCUUAUGCCUACACUGUCGGACAAUGGAUGACUGACAUGCAGACUGCUCAGCAGGCUGGCAUUGAUGGUUUCUCUCUCAACUGGAUCCCUCCUGACUGCACCUCGCCUAGCCGCAAAUGGCAGAUUGACCGUAUCGACGAUGCUUUUGACGCUGCCGAGAAGACGGGCUUCAAGCUCAUGUUCUCUUUCGACAUGAGCUACACGACCUGCAACACUUUCUGGAACACGACUUUCAUGACUGACAUGAUCACCAAACACGCUGGCAGCUCUGCUACUAUGCGCUGGAACACCAACAUCCUUGUCUCAACCUAUGCCGGCGACAAGAAUGAUGCGUAUGGAAACCAAUUCUUCCAGGACCUCAAGGACUCUUGCAAGGGCGAGGGCCACCCCAUCACUCUGGCUCCUGCUCUUGUUUCGUACGCACAAGCUGCUCAAACCAAUGCUGAGAAGUCUGCCGCCAAGAUGAUGAAUGACUACCCUGCCAUCGACGGCUAUUUCAACUCAUGGCCUCUCAUGGACUCCAAUAUGACUUGCACCGCCGACGAAGCAUUCAAGGCUGCGCUCACCAAGAACGGAAAGACCGGUCCUUACAUCAUGGCCGUCUCCCCCUGGCAAUACAAGGAUCUCAACGACGGCGUCGCUUCCGACUCGUGGGUCGCCUACUCGGACACCCUCUUCGCUCAGCGUCUGCACAGCAUCGCCAACAAUGAAUUCUCUCCCGACAUCAUUGAAGUGCUCACUUGGAACGACUUUUGCGAGUCUCAUUAUCUGCGCGAUCUACCCAGCAUGACCAAUGUCAGUGCCACCGACUAUGUCACUUACAGCAACGGCAUGCAGAACUAUGUUGAAGGCAUGAACCACGCUCCAUGGCGCGUCAUGGCUAAGUACUACCUGAACUGGUGGAAGAACGGCAAGGCUCCUAUUAUCACCAUGGAUCAAGUCGUCUACUGGUACCGAGUACACCCCAAGGCUGCGGCAUGUUACGGUGGCUCUUCCAGCGAGAUCAAGAACCAAAACUACCCUACUGAUGCAGUGUUCGCCUGGGCAUUAGUCAAGGACAAGGCUACCGUCUCUAUCAGCGUGGGCGCCAAUAAGUACUGGGAAUUUGAAGCCGAUUCUUCUGGUCCUGCUCUCUCUAUGGUUCCUUUCCCCGAGGAUCUUGGUAUUGGUGGUACUGCUCCUGAGGUCAGCAUCAACAGAAACAACAAGGUUGUUCAGUACUCGAAGGGUAGCAUGCCCAUCACAGCUUCUUGUAACUGGAGCAACUUCAAUGCACACGUCGAACUCUGCGGCGAGGGUGUCAACAAAGGCUCUUCAUCCUCUUCUUGA